AGGGAGUGUUGCCUAUUUGAUUUCACGUAUAAAACAAACAGUGUGGAAUAUCUGGUUUAUUCACGAAAUUCUACAACGCAAUACAAUAAAUUAGAGUGCAAAUGAUAAAACCUAGACGUUCAUCAAAACAUAAGAUAUACUGCUCUUUAUAGACUAGGGAGUAGGGCAGGAAGACGACUGUUAAUUAUUGACUCCUACCCUACUUCUGCCAGCAUAUAUCAUGUAGAGUCUUGCUUUCUCUGGGACUUUGGUGUGAGAUUUGAAGGUUCUAAGUUUGUUUUACUAGUUUUAAACGCGUUUUAUUAGAAAUACAGACCCACUUAGACUAGUCAGAGUUCUGCUAACUACAUACUAUCACCUUAAAUACUUGAGAGAUAUGACAAGUGUUCAGAUGAUUGCUAAGGAUGAGAUGGUUGAAAGGUUCCUGGAUUGUGCUUCCAGGGGAGACCUGGCCAACGUGUCCACUAUGAUCUCUCACUCCAGUCAGCUGCUGAAUGAAAGUGGGAGACAAGGAUGGACAGGAUUAAUGUUGGCUGCGAGAAACGGACACUUUGAUGUCGUAAAAGCGUUACUUUUAAAUGGGUGUAAUAAAUACUUGGCGAAUAAAUCAGGCCAAACUGCUUAUGACAUAGCAAAAUUCUGGGGACACAGACACAUUGCCCGUUUCUUAGCUAGCAGUGGGGAUGUCACACUUCCUGGGAUUCAACCAAGAAAUAAAUCUACAGACAAUGCAACUUACUUCAGUAAAGAAUAUCUCAACAGAAUGAGUGAAAAAAGGACUGAUUCCGAAUGGCUUUCAGCAAAACAGUCUUCUCCUGAAACAGUAUUCAUUGUGUUUCAUAACUUGGACCCUUUUGUUACAACAGAACCAGAGGUAAUGAAUGAUAUACAGAAUAAGUUAAAAUUGUACAGGUUUGAAAGGGACUCUGUUAAAGAGGUUCUUGAAAACAGUGACACAGUGGUUGUUUUUCUGGGAGUAGAAAAGCAGGAAUGUUCACCUUCUUCACUGGUGUCAAAGGAGGAUGAACAUAUUGCAUGGUUUGCUUUAAACACCAAGAAGAAUCCUACAGAAAGUCUUAAGAUCACAGCUUCAAACAGCUUCUUCCUUACAAAGCCAAUGCCAAUGCUCCUAAUGCUAAAUGAAGAUGAAGCAGGAAUCGUUGCACAAGCCAGGUCUGUUCUUGCAUGGCACAGCCGGUACAGUUUCUGCCCAACCUGUGGUGGUAAGACCAAAGUGGAUGAAGGAGGUUACAAAAGAAGCUGCUUGACAGAUGGCUGCAGGAGUCUCCAGGGAAUCCACAAUACCUGUUACCCUAGAGUUGAUCCUGUUGUGAUCAUGCUGGUUCUUCAUCCAGAUGGAAAUCAGUGCCUACUUGGAAGAAAGAAGUCAUUUCCUCCAGGAAUGUUUACAUGUCUUGCUGGGUUCAUUGAACCAGGGGAGACCAUUGAAAAUGCAGUAAGGAGAGAAGUUUUAGAAGAGAGUGGAGUUACUAUUGGCCCUGUCCAGUAUAUCUCUUGCCAGCCAUGGCCAAUGCCUUCAUCGCUCAUGAUUGGUUGCUUUGCAGUAGCAGUGUCUACAGACAUAAAGGUUGAUGAAAAUGAAAUUGAAGAUGCUCGCUGGUUCACAAGGCAAGAGGUAAUAGAUGCUCUUGUCAAAGGACACCAAGCGGUUUUUUCCAUGCCUCCAAGACAAGCUAUUGCCCAUUAUCUUGUAAAACACUGGAUUGGAAUAAACUCAAACCUUUGAACUGAAUGUUACCAGAGUGUAUUUGCAUUACUGAGGUGUUUUCACUAGAGAAGAGACCCAAAAAUGCAUCUUUCCCCAAAACUUUUAAUAAAUGUAAUUAUGAGUAAAUUGUAUUACUGCUGUAGAAAUAGCUACGAGUGACCAGACUGACAUUCUAAUAAGCUUAUAACUGUACAUUCUACUACUUUUUAUUCAUUCAGAGUUGUUGGUGUAUUGUUUUUGCUUGUUUUCUUGCAAAGUACCAAAAGAAAAUCAGUAAUCUCCUUGUGUUUAUGACUGGGUAGCCUAUAAAAGGUCCAAUUCUGUCCUGGUAUUCUUAUUUUCCUGCCUUAUUUUGUUGAGGAAUUAUAUCCUGAAUUUAUAUCUUUAUGUAAAGCUGCUUUGUGACAAUGUCUACUGUUAAAAGUGCUAUACAGAUAAAAUGAAAACGAUUAGCUACAUCCCCAAGUUGCCCCAGCAGAAAUAGUAAGGGGUAGAAGACAUUGUUGCUAAAUUCUGCCACAUAAAUCUACUUUAUCUGUUUUACCAAACAAGGCAAGUGGCUCUGCGGUACAUCCUUUCAAGCGAAUUAUUUCAUUAAUAAAUGCUUGAGUAUUUGAGCAAACUGAAGCUGAAUUUUUAUAAUAGGGCAUGUACUGAGACUACAGUGGCAGGUGCAGGAUAUAAGAGCGCUAAUAUACUAGUUUACAAAGCACAUAAACUGUCAAGUGAAAUUUGUAUUUCUAAUAUGUGCUCUUGAUGUUUAAAGAGAUAAUGUAGACAACAGGAGAUACUGCAGUACUUCCAGCAGCUUAUGCAAGAAGUGUUGCUACAUUCUGGCCAUGUUUCUACUUGUUUCUGUCCUCUACCCACCAGACUACAAAUGUUACCCCAUAUAUAUUUUACUCACUAUAUGUUUGUCACACUCUUCUAAGUGUGCAUCUACCUGGCGAAUAUGUGCAGGUAAAUGAAAUGUUUACUUAAACAGUUUUUGCUAAAUUUAGAUUUUUUUUUAACUACACUCAGAUACAGCAUUUUAUGCUGUGGCCUAAUCCAACAGUCCUGCCAAAAGAAUUGAUGUUGCGGUAUAAUACACCUGUCAUUUUUAUUAUAACCUUAUCUUGCACAGAGGAAUGUGACCAGAGUUGGUGGAAGGGUCUUAUUUAGCAUUCAUAUACUUACAUGGUAUAUGAUGUUAUUUGAUGCACAGAACGGCUCAUUCCUGGGCAGAACUAAGACAAGUGUUAUUCAAAAAGAAAUUGUAGAUCAGAAGGUUAUGCAUGUGACUGGAUCUUCAGCUUUUAAGUGAGACUCAUGUUUAGACUCAUGUUGUGAGGACCUUUUAUACACUACCAUGGGGUCAAUAUGACUACAUCUGUAAUUUAGCCCAUAAAUGUGAGAAAAUGGCAAUACAUCACUAGUUUCAAAGGUAACCAUUCUCUAUUCUGUCACAGAGCCAAUCCUUAUGUUCCAAUCCAGACUCAAACUAAAGAAAUUUUCAUCGCUAUUCAAUUAUUUUCACAAUGAAUUACUUUUUUUUUUGCAAAAAAGUGAAUAUAAUUGUUGAAUAUAAAUGUUGUCACUCUAUACAGUGUGUUAAACAUUAUUGAAUGUUUAAAAGUAAAUCAUGAAAGAAGCUAAAAAAUGUGUGUGUUUAAUUGAGACAUAUUUUAUACACUUUUAAUUGUGGAAUAAAACAAGAUUGUCUCUCAAA